UAGCCAACAUUUAUGGAAUUUUCUUGAUUUUUUUCACAAUAACUUUACGAUUUGAAUUUAGGUUUAUCAUUAUUCUCAACAGCUAUUAUUAUGCGACGAUUCAGCUCAACAGAUUGCAUUCACGAUGCAAUUUCUUCAAUGAUGCCUUUUCAUUUCCCAAAACCUAAUCAGGGCAUCAUCAAUUUUGGUUUGAAGCAGCAGCAAGACGUGAUUUUGACUUUUGUUCGUUAUUUCGCGACUCUUUGGCUUCUCACGCUGGUUACGCCGCCGAAGCUUUUUCAUUCGAAGAACAACCAUAUAAAGCGAACGAUGAUGACGGUCUUGAUCGCAGAGCUUGGGAUUUCUCAAGAUGUUUGUGGUGUAAUUUUAAGGUUUGAGAUGGAUGGUAGUUAUGAAAGAUUAGAUUGAAUAUGAUCAUGAUCAUGAAGGAGAAAGGUCUGAAACCUAUUUUACUGACCAUUAGUUUAGCUUUGGGGUUUUCUUUUGCUGGAUUUCUCUGCUCACGCCUUAGAAUUAAUCAAGAUUUUGAACAACCAUGUCUAGACCACCUAUCCUGAUUUCCGAAUUGAAACCCGAUCAAAAUGUGUGGAAGAUAGCAAUUCGUGUUGUCGAUAUAUGGGACGUAAAGGAACGCAAUGGUCAGCAGCACAUUGAGGCCAUACUUCAAGAUGCAGAGGGUAAUCAGAUCCAAGUUGUAACCCGCUCUCGUGACUUUGAGAUUUGGAAAAAGACAUUGAAGGAAAUGGAAACCUAUAUAGUCUAUAAUGGUGAAACAAUGAUCAAUAAAAUGCCGUGUAAAGUUUGUGAUAACAAAUACAAGGUGUUCUUUAAUCGUGCAACAACUGUCACUGCGGUUGACAUACCGAACAUUCCAACACAUAGCUUUAACUUCAAGCCAUUUUCUGACUUCUUAAAUGGAGAGUUCUGUGUUGAUCGCGUUUACGAUAUAAUAGGUGCUGUCCAACAUGUUGUUAGGACCCAAGUUGCAGGUGCUGGGAAAAAAGCUUGUGUGAACCUCACUUUGUCAGACGAAGGUGGGACUGAGAUAGAUGUUACUCUAUGGGAAGGCUAUGCUAACCAAUUUAUGAAUUAUGCGGCUGAAAGUGGACAUCUGAUUCUCAUUCUCACUCAUGCAAUGUGUCGGUUGAGCUCAUUAAAUGGGAAGCUUAACAUUUCCAAUGCUUGGAGUGGAUCUAAACUGCUACUCAAUCAUGAUCAUCCACAAGUUGAGGAAUUUAAAACAAAAUUUCUCGAUGUUAAUCCACAACAAACUGCUACCCAGUCAUUUUCUCUGAAUUCAUGUUCACAAGGAGCAAUUGACGACAGGGCUUUUUCAUUCACCAAGGAUGUCAUAAGCAUUGCUGACAUGAGCUCUCUUACUGAGGAUACCUUCUGCAAUACUGUUGGGAAGACAUUGCGUUUCAGAGCGAAUCCUUUCGACUGGUUUUAUGAGUUGUGUCCAACAUGUAACAAAACAAAUCAAUCUCCCGGUAAACCAUUCCGGUGCAACUGCUCUGAGAAUGUCUCAGCUCCAAUCACUAAGUUCAAAAUUGAGAUCGAGGUGGAACAUCGCUCGAAGACCGUUAAUUUUGUCUUUUGGGACAAGGAAUGCAUCCCUUAUGUGGGGAUGUCUGCCCAUUCCUUGAGACAGCUCAUGAAAAAGACCAACGAGGAUCAUCCUUUGAUUUAUCUCGAACACCUGGACCAUUUGUUGGGAAAAGAAUUUGCUUUUCGUGCUAAGUACCAGCCGUAUUACAAGCAAGCAUCUAUUGUAAGACUAACUCAAGAUGAGGAGGUGAGGCGACUGAUAGAAGAAGUCAUUACACCUGCUCAGGCCCUUCUUACCAUUGCCCCUAAGGAAGAAUGUCUUAAGGGAAAGGCUGUCCUCUUCCUUGAGGAAACUAAAGUUGUCAACACACCAACUGUGGAUUCUCAUUCCAAAGCUGCUACAUCUGGAGCACAAAAUUGGAGCCCUGAUGGCAGCAUUGAGAUCACCCCAUCAAAGAGGGAAAGUCCAACUGAUCCCAUCCAAAAUCAACAUGGUCCAGAUGUUCUAACACCAAAAAUGUAUGCAACAAAAGCAAACAGGGCCAAAUCUGGAAGGAACACCAAGAUGAAGUUAACUUAGUACCUGUGUCAUACCCCAAAAUUUUCCCAUACUAUUUCUCUUGCACGAAUUUAAAUCAAUACACAAAGCUCCGAGACACACUCUCCUAUACAAAGCUCUGAAACCGGGGUUUGGUUUAUUCAAAGGAAAAUCAGUGAAUCAUUGGCCCCAAGGCAUCCUAUAUGGUUCAAUAUAUUUCACAUUACCUCUAUAACAAACUUCAGGUCUCAACUCAAAAGAUUGGUCACUCAAUUGUUCAGAAAGUCAACAGUCUACUAGGUUAACCUAAAAGUCAACUGUGGUCAAAGUAAAGUUAAAACUCCUGAUUUUUUGUCAAGAUCCUCAUAUUGAAGUAUCAUUAACCAUUUGAUCAAUAAUUGAUCAUGGUUCAUCAAGGAAAGAACAAAAAUCAACAAAUCAAAAAGUUUCUAAACUAGGGUUUUGCAUAGGAAAAGUCAACUGAACUUUGACCAGCCAUAACUCUCACAUGGAACAUCCAAAAUUUUCCAUCCAAAUCUCAUUUUGAAGGAAAUUUGAUUCUCUACAAAACUGUGUCUCACAUGCCAAGUCCAAAAAUGCGUCAUUUAAGAGAAAUGGAUGAAAACAUCACAGGUCCUUCAAGAAGCUCGCAAAAAACAACUUUUCGUCAGGAGCAAUAUCAUCAAGAUAAAAUCUCCAAAUGAAAAAUAUGUUCCAAAGUGGUUUGCAGAGGACAUCUUGGGCUUUUCAAAAAGUCCUAGAACAUCUUCAUAUGAUAAAUAUUGAGGGAAGAGGAGAGUGUUGCUAGCAUUUCUCAUAAUGAGGAAUGCUAACAACACUCUCUUUUCAACACUCUCUCUAAUACUCACUUUUUUAUUGGUUGAAACAUGUAUGGGUCCCUCACUUUAGAAAUGGAUCCCACAUGAAGUGGUAGGACCCACACAUGUUUCAACCAAUAAAAAAGUGAGUGUUGAAGAGAGUGUUCAAAAGAGAGUGUUGCUAGCAUUUCUCAUAAUUAUGACUUGUUGAAGUUGACAAAAAUUGAGAAAAUACAUAAAAGUCAAUUUGAACAAAUUUGAUGUUUUUUGACAAA